GCUCUUUUUUAAAAAGUUCAAGGGGUCUACUAUAUUCAUAUUUGGGGAUAAACUUUCAAAACCCGGUGGUACACCAACAAAAAGUUGCUCUUCUUCUCUUCCCUUGAACCCCAACAAUAAAUCCUCCCCCCCCUUUCCUCUAUUGCAAUGAAGUUAGGACAGGCAUUUGCCGUUUCGAUGGGCGCUCUCGUGGGUGGUGCCGUCGGUUUUUACCUUUUGGAAGAUUACAAGAUUAAAGCAAAGGUAAUGGAUACCCUUUGUCUCUACGCUUUUAUAAAGUUAUCAAUUCCAGCAUCGCAUUGCUUUACCCAACCCACCCCCUUUCUUUUUCCUUUACUUAUCAUUGUUAAUAGGAACAACGAUUGGCCAUGCUUUUGGAAAAGAAACUCGAAUACGAGCAGCAAGAAAAGACGUUAUGAACAAAAAAAAAAAACAUGGACCUGGGCAAACCCAUUUUCACAGCAUUGUUUUGUUAUUUCUGCAUUCCAGCAUCCGUCCCGAACAUAUAUAAUCGACUCUGCUACAAAGUUCAAGCAAGCUUUUUUAGAGAUACUAUUCUGUACAUAAUUCCCUCUCUCCACCCUUUUCCCAUCCGAACUUGUCAAGAUAUUAUAUAUAAUUGCCUUUUCUAUUAUUACUGUGUUCGCUUUAUUCAU